CCGGAAAUAGAGUAGUAUGAUUGAAAUAAAGCUGUAGUAAAAACGAAAAGCAACGUAUUCCUAUCUUUACAGUUUGUUUUUUAUUUUAUUUUAAGAGAGUCAUUAUGAGUCGGGAUUUCGACAGGAAACUACAAACUGCAACAAGAGAAAAGCUCAGGAAACUGGAUUCUCUGCGCGGUCGAGAAGCUGAACCAGGUGAGUUCUGGGAUGUAGUGGUUGUGAGCGCUGUGGAUGAGAGCCAGAGAGAAGCCUACGAGCUGCAGAUCAGAGAGAAAGCUGAGAGGAAGGAGCUUCCCCUUGGAGCUCACUACAAGGUCUUCUCAGAUCCUCCUGGAUGCAAAAUAGGGAAUGGAGGCUCUACUCUGUGUGCUCUGAAGCAGCUGAAUGACAUCUAUGGAAAAACUCUGAGCAACUUGAGAAUCCUCCUGAUCCAUGCAGGUGGCUAUAGCCAGCGUCUCCCCAAUGCCAGCGCUCUGGGAAAGAUCCUCAUGCCUUUACCUCUGGGUGACCCCAUCUACCAGAUGCUGGAGCUCAAACUGGCCAUGUAUGUGGAUUUCCCAUCAAACAUGAGGCCUGGUGUCUUGGUGACCUGUGCAGACGACAUAGAGCUCUACAGUAUAGCAGAAGAGGAUACAGUUAGGUUUGAUAAACCAGGCUUUACAGCUUUAGCCCACCCCUCCCCGCUCUCUGUGGGAACUACCCAUGGUGUGUUUGUGUUGGAUCUGAAUGAAAGAUCCUCAUUCUCAGAAAUGGAGAAUGCCUCCUGUCUGUGCUUUCUGCACAAGCCAAGUAUUCAUAAGAUGCGGGACAGCGGAGCUGUGUGUAGGAAGCAGAGUGACCUUUUCUCCAUGUCAGACAGUGAGUUCGUCUAUACAGACAGCACCUAUUACAUGGACUUUGACACAGCUAAGUCACUUCUGAACCUUCUGAGUGAGUUGGGUCCUUUGAACUGUGAGAUAGAUGCAUAUGGGGACUUUCUUCAAGCUCUGGGGCCUAAAGCCACAAUAGAGUACACCAAAAACACAGCUAAUGUGACCAAAGAGGAGAGCGGUCUAAUUGAAGUCAGACAAAAGAUCUUCCAUCACCUCAAAGGGACGCCUCUCAAUGUCAUUCUCCUCAACAGCUCCAAGUUUUACCACAUUGGGACCACCUCAGAAUACCUCUUCCACCUGACGGAGGACCAGGCGUUCCAGCGUGAGCUGGGCCUCCUGUCUUCUGCCUUCAGUGUAAAUGUCAAUGAAAACCUCUCUGGUUGCUGCAUCAUGUUCAGUGUCCUUGAUCCCAGUUGCUCUGUGGAGGCUGGGUCGGUGGUGGAGUACUCCAGAUUAGAGCGAGGGGUCUCAGUAGGCGGUGGGUCCAUAGUCAGCAGCUGCUGGGUCAGUUCAGGCCUCUCUGUGCCAGCUGGAGCUUUCCUGCACACAUUAUGUGUUCGCCACCAGCGACAAACCAGGUUUGUUACCGUCUUCUUUGGGAUUCAGGACAAUCUUAAGAAAAGUGUAGCUUCACCUGCAUAUCUAGAAGAACUCCAGUUUUUUGGGUUUAACCUCACAAAGUGUCUGUCCCAUUGGGGGAUGGAGAAUGAAUCCAUUAAGUUUUCCGGAGACGCAUCAAGCUGCAGUUUGUGGAACGCUUGCCUGUUUCCCGUUUGCCCCGACCAGCAAAGCUCGUUCUCCAUGUCUCUUGGGAUGCUGCAGGCCAUCCUGAACGGCUCCACAAGCCCCCCACCCAGAGACACAGUUCUGAUGUCCAUGCAGGACUGUUUACAGUGCAAGGACCUGGAGGAAAUGCUGAAGCUGAAGAAGGAACUGCAUCGUAACAUCAAACAGGGGAAACUUGGCAUUUAAAGAGCCAUGUUUAAUAUUGAGUUCAAUUUAAAAAAGUUUUACAUUGCCAGUGAAAGAGAGGAGUUCGACAUUUUGUA